AUGUCUGCGAGUACGAGUGGCGUUGCGACGCCUGCAGAAGAUGGCGUGGGGUCUGGGCUGAGGAAGUUGAAGAUUUUGAUGUUGCAUGGCUACACUCAAUCCGGCCCCCUCUUCCACGCAAAAACCCGCGCCCUCGAAAAGAUCCUCCAUAAAGCCUUCCCGCCGAAACCCAUCUCCCCCAUCUUCUCCUCCUACCCCGGCGGCAUCCAUCUCCUGUAUCCAACCGCACCCCUACGUCUCGUGCCCGCCGAUAUCCCCGGUUACAACGUCGAAGGUGCCGAAGAUGGGGGUAUGAAGGAAGAGACAGAUGCCUGGGGCUGGUGGAGGCGGGAGACUGGGAGCGCUGUGUAUUCUGGGUUAGAAGACGGACUGAGGACUAUCAGGACGACGAUCGAGGAUGCAGGAGGCGUGGAUGGGGUAGUUGGGUUUAGUCAGGGCGGGUGUGCUGCUGCUUUUGUUGCCAGUCUUUUGGAACCCGGCCGACAAGAUACUUUUGAGCAAUAUAAGGCGAAAGACUCUUCGGCAUUCGGAUAUCCUGAGGGCUGGGAAGAGUUGCAGAAAAUCAACGGGGAGCUUAAGUUUGGUGUUUCGUAUUCCGGGUUCUAUGCUCCGGAUGAAAUUUACAAGGGCUUCUUUGAGCCAAAGAUAAGGACGAAGUUUUUGAGCGUGAUUGGUAGUUUGGAUAGCGUGGUUGAGGAGCACAGGAGUAAAGGGUUGGUAGAGCGGACAGAGGGUGCGAGGGUUGUGUUUCAUCCUGGGGGACAUUUUGUGCCUGUUGGGAAGGAUAUGGCGAGUGUUGUGGUCGGGUUUGUGAGGGAAUGCUGUGUGGUGAAGGAUGAGAAGGAAGCGAGUGUGGAAGACAUGGAUUUGCCGUUUUAA